AUGGUAUUCAUACAAGAAGUGUCUCCUAAUGAACCAGCAGAGGUUCAAGUAUUGCUCCUGAGCAAACCCGUGGACGUUGAGCGUCUCAGCGUCUACAUCCAGAACAACGCACUUUCUCCAGAUGACACAGGCGUAUUGAUUUCCAAACUAGAAGCAUGGCUCGCACUUGAUGUACGUGAUGAACAUUAUCAUACGUCCAAACUCCCAUAUUUGUCUUUGGCUGUGACUUUAUUUCGAAAGAGCACCCAAGAAAACCUGUUCAGGCUCCUUUGCCUUAUUGGCGCUUACAUAAAUCCACACGUUAAGUGGUCCAACCUAGAGCUUGCCAAUAUUGCAUCUUCGCUCUCUGUGGAUGAAAUAUCAGUCCACAUGUCUCAGUUUUUUGAUUUCCUUAAGCCACGUUUCCUUAGCAUGCGUAAUUCUAAAGUGACUCUGGCAGGGUACAAGAGAGACGAAUCACCUAUACCGCGUGGCCUUCGGCCCAAGUUAGGUUUACUGUCUUCAUACGAACAAAAUACUAGGGAUACUUGGAAACGAAGCGAUGAUGUCAAGGCCCUUUCGUGGGUUGUCCUACUCAUGAAAGUAGGGAGACGGUGGUCUGGCUUUGAUCAUUCAUGGCCGGUCAUAACUACGUUCAUCAUCAACGUCCUAGAUGAUUCUGAUGCGUACUAUAGGGAACAAGGGUGCCAUCUUCUUAACAUCUUUCUCAGUUGUGAACUCGGUGACUUGUUGCUCAAGUCAGGAAUGGUCCAUGUGUUUCAGGAGGCCCUUGAGACCAGUUUAAACUUUCUACCGAGUCUCACUCCGGCGGAAAAAUCAUUGAGUUUGUUGUCAGCAACAUAUCCCACUUUGUACUCAUUGCAACAUUUGAAAAAGGCUUCCCCUAUGGAAUUCGUGGGAAUCCUUGAUAAACAUAUUCUUGGUCUGAUCUCACAUGUUCAAGGCAGACACAAUGACGCGAAAACAAACUCUGUUCUCAGAUUUCUUCUAAGUCAAAUUGCGAUUAUUGUCACUGAUUAUAUUGGGCCUUCUGUUCUUGGAUGUUUAUCACGUCUAAUAUUUGUCUUGAACCAAUUAAUCGUCAAUCCAUUUGUGAUUGACACUGAAGACGGUGUUGGGGUUGUAAAUGCAGCAUUAGAAGCUCAUUGUGCAAUUCUUCAAGUUUUUGCGAAACUAAAUAACAAGGAAGGUUCGAAUCUAGUCAUGCUGUACCGAUAUGACUUCAUUGGCCCGUGGGUUAUUUUGUGCAAGAGAGUGUCUAGGUUUAAUGUCGGGGAUUCACAAACUCAAGCACUUUUGGAAAAGAAUGUUGCACUUCUCGGAGAUAUAUCCAAAUCAGCUGCACUUGGAGAUAGCCUUAAGGAGGACCUACAACAGACUUGCCUCAAAGUCGCCGAGUUUAAAAGUUAUGUCCAUUAA